CUCCGUUUCUUGAACGAAGCAACCAUAGUCUUCUCUACACUUCCGCAGCUUUCCUCUCUACACGUUUUCUGGUUUCCUCUCUCUAAAACCUCCUUCCUCUCUACCAUGACUCAGCCAGAAAACUCUACCAAAACACUCAAAUUCCUCUACAGCUACGGCGGCAAAAUCGUCCCCCGCCCUACCGACGGCAAACUCCGCUACACCGGCGGAUCCACUCGCGUCCUCGCCGUCGAUCGCUCCAUUUCAUACGCAGAACUGUUGGUGAAAUUCGUUGAAUCGUGUGGAUCUUCAAUGAUUUUGAAGUGCAAGCUACCGACGGAGGAUCUAGACGUGUUAGUUUCGAUCAAAUCCGACGAAGAAUUACGUAUUGUGAUCGAAGAGUACGAGAGAGUUUCGCCGGAAUCGAAGAUCCGAGCCGUUCUGUUUCCGUUGAAAUCAGUGAAGAAAAUCUCUCAACCGCCGUCUCCGGUAUCCUGUUUCGAUUUCCCCUCUGUUUCGAAGCCCUAUGCGGCGGUUGCCGCGCACUUCCAAAGAAAUCCGCCGCCGCGGUAUCAGAAACCGACGGCGGCGUACCGGUAUGCGUCUCCAGUCAUCGGAUAUCCCGUCCCCACCGCCGCCGUCGCCGUGAAUAACUACUGCCACGAUGUGAGGAGUUUGAGGCAUUUUCACAAUGCGGCGAGAAGUAUUUACACUCAAUAGUUGUUGGAAUGAAAAGAGGGGAAAAAGAAGAAGUUGUUUCUAUUUUUUUUCUUGACGUGCUUCUUUUUUUUUUCUUUAUUGAACAUAAACGGGGAAGAAAAAAAAAACAUAUGAAAUAUACAAACAAUUAUUUUUUUUUCUGGUAAUUUAUUCUCAAAAAUUAAUUGUUUGUUUGAUUCUAAUUAGCCGCCGUUAAUCGAAAACUCGAUUAUAUCGCUAACGAAUUUUCCGUCACCGCCGCUUCUUCGUAUUCUCCGUCGUCGCGUGGUGUACACGCCCGAUUCGUUACAUAAUAGGGCAAAAUAGUUUUUACAACGGUUAAUAUGCUUUUUAAUUUAUUUUUACGAGUUUUAAUUCAUUGACUGAUUUAUUUAAUUGAUUUAUAUUGGCAGGUUUAUUUUAAGGAAGGAGUUUCAUGACUUUACCGUAAAAGCAACGGAUUUGAUGUGAUUUUGGGACCUACAAGGCUGCAAUACCAUGUUUAGAAUGUUACACCAAUAAUAUUUAAUAAUAGAGUUAAGUCGGAGAAUCGUAUACAACAAUAAUUAAUGGGGUUUUUUUAUUUGAAAUAAGGCAACUUGACCAGCUAAUAAUUUGAAGGACAACAUAGUUGGGGUUGUUUCAGUGUAAAUUACGUGUGUUUUAAAAGUUGUCUAAGAGGGAGUGAAAGGACAUUUUAAGGGUAA